AUGGUCGGUGCCGGUGUGCUCGGAUUGCCCUACACCUUCAUGAGAACAGGGUGGAUCACGGGCUGCCUCAUGCUUUUCUGCGUAGCCGGACUCACCUAUUAUUGCAUGAUGCUGCUCGUCCGAACUCGUCGGAAAAUGGAAUCGGCCAACGGCUUCGUCAAGGUCGCCUCCUUCGGUGACCUUGGCUACGCCGUCUGCGGGCCUGCCGGCCGGUUCGCUGUAGACGUCAUGAUCGUUCUCUCCCAAGCGGGGUUCUGCGUCAGCUACCUCAUAUUCGUCUCCACCACCCUCUCCUACCUCUUCAAUUCCUCCCCCGCAAACCCUAAUCCCAAAUUUCUAGGGUUCACGUUUUCCUCCCUUUACAUCUGGGCCUGCUUUCCCUUCCAAUUAGGGUUAAAUUCGAUCCCCACUUUGACUCAUCUCGCUCCUAUCAGCAUUUUCGCUGAUGUUGUUGAUCUGGGUGCCAUGGGCGUGGUUAUGGUGGAAGAUUUAAUGAUUUUCUCGAAGGAAAGGCCAGUUCUGAAUGCCUUUGGGAGCUUUUCUGUGUAUCUGUAUGGCUUAGGCGUUGUUAUCUAUUCAUUUGAAGCGAUUGGGAUGAUUUUGCCAAUAGAAGUGGAGAUGAAAGAAAAGCACAAGUUUGGGAAAAUUCUGGGUCUGGCCAUGGCUUUCUUUGCUCUAAUGUUUGGAGUAUUUGGGCUUCUGGGAUACUUUGCUUUUGGGGAAAACACCAAGGACAUAAUCACUACCAAUCUAGGUCGAGGCUUGAUGAGCACCUUGGUUCAGCUGGGUCUCUGUAUAAACCUCUUCUUCACUUUCCCUCUGAUGAUGAACCCGGUGUUUGAGGUGAUAGAGAGGCGGCUGUGUGAAGCUAGAUACUGCUUGUGGCUGAGGUGGCUAGUGGUCCUGGCUGUCACACUGGUGGCUUUACUUGUGCCCAAUUUUGCGGAUUUCUUGUCUCUGGUGGGGAGCAGUUUGUGCGUCCUUCUGGGUUAUGUGCUGCCCGCUUCGUUUCAUCUUCUGGCAAAUAAAGAGGACAUAGGGUGGAGUGGGAUAGUGGUAGAUGGAGGAAUUGUGGCUCUGGGCUUGGCUAUGGCUAUCUUUGGGACUUGGUCUUCCCUGAAAGAGAUAUUUGCUACCAAGGCUUGA